AUGGCGAUAACAAGUUUAUCUGCCGAACAGAGAAAGUCAAAGGAAAAUUAUAAAAUAUUAACGAAAAAAAAAUUGAAUAAAUCGGUAGAGUUUGGCAUCCCUGAACUUGCACCCCCAGGACUCAAUGGAGCUGUUAACAAUGGUACUCAGCCACGAUCAUUCGCCGCUAUAGCGAGUGGUAGUAAUGAGGACAAUGAAUGUUAUUGA